AUGACCGCUACAACCGCUGCCCAAUCUCCCGACAAUCCAACCAAGCACGACUCAGGGCACGCCCUGCGGCCCAAGCGCAAUCGAUCUCGAGCAGGGUGCUUCACCUGCCGCCUGAGACGCAAAAAAUGCGACGAGGUUCACCCCAAGUGCGGCACUUGCACCAAGCAUGUGCUCAAGUGCAUCUGGCCCCGCAAGGGCCAGGGCCGUCUGACCAAAGAGAUGCGCGAGAAAAUGAAGCGCGAGGUCGACCUCUACGACGAAUCGUCCCUCCUUGUCCCCAUCACAAGCCCACCGGUCUCAGAAGGGCCAGCGUCGCGGCGGGGUUCGCGGACACAGGCGCAACACUUCGUUAACUAUGCAAUUGACCACGCAAGUAAGGCCUUGGUGCUCCACAGCACAGACUUGCCGAUGAACGACGCUUCCCAGAUAUUCAACAGCCAGUCAAGCGGUGAGGACGAAGAGGAUCUCGAAGCCAGCGAGACUGAAAGCCACACCGAAGGGUCGGAAACAGCCCAGCCUGUCGCAGAGCCGACAGAGACUCCUUUAGAACAAUCCCAUGCACUGAUACCUACACGGCGGGAUCGCGAGGAAUGGGCCUCCUUCCUCGAUUCUCCUGGCAACCUUCCCGGAACCCCGCAGACGGGGUUUUUUUGGGAAAAGCUGUUUGACAUGAACUUUACUGAGCCCAUUGUGUCACCGAAUUUCUCCAUAAUCUCUCCUGUGUGCGCAUCGCCGCUGCCAGACGGCGACCUGGUGGCCGCAGCUUCAAUCAUGAGCGCUGUCCACACCGAAGAUGACCUAAACGCGUACGGCCUGGAUGAGGAACAGACAGAGAAAUUCUACGGAAAACUGAUGGAGAAGUUUGUGGACUGGACCUCCACCAACAACCAAACCAAGCGAACCUCUGUCGCAAAACUCAUGUCACAAUACCAGUUUACACAACAGGAUCUCUUGUUAUACUACACAUGCGUCUAUUACUUCCUGCCUGCAGUGGGCCCGCAGCAGACACUUCCUCAACUAACAACCACCGAGACAUUUGUUCCGCUGCUCACGCAACAUCCUAUAGUCAAAGAUGUGUUCCUAUGUUGCGGUGCAACGUUUCUCGCUUGGUGCCAGCCCCAGAAAUACUCUCAGCUUGCAGAGCGCUUAUACCAGUCCAGCAAGUCAAGGCUGCAAAAAGAGCUUGCCUCCAACCGAAUACGCGGCGACGAAACGUGGGCGUUUGCUUGUUUCCAACUCCUGUGUUUAACCAACAAGCUCCACAACGGAGAGGGCAUAUCAAUGGUCGAUAGGUGCGUAGACAACCUUGCCCACUCCUUCAACAUCAUCAAACGCAAAUACCAGACUAUCAAGGAGCGCGGCUCGACACCUACUGACCGCAUGCUCAUCGAAAGCUUUAUGUACAACUACACCGUGUCGCUGCUGGUCGCGCGAGACCUGUCGAAACUGCCAAACCCUUUCAGUGACAUGUUUGCAAACCUGACCACACUUCUUAAGUCACCUAUAUUCAACGACUGCGACGUUGAGUGGAUGAACAAUCCCGUGCUGGGACCCUCAGUCGACGCUUUCGGAAUGCUGGCAAAAGUAUCAUUCUUAAGCCGGAUGCCACUUCCCCUCACAUCACCGCACUGGACGGACGAGGCCCAGAAGCUACUGCAAGACUGCCUAUACUACACCCCUCCGCAGCUGCCAGAGGAAGUGCGAAACGACGAGCGAAAGUACGAGGUGUACCGCCCUGGCCUACUCAGCGGCUCGAUCAUCAGCAAGGCGUGCUACUUGCUUUUGAGUAAAAUCAUUCGGUAUGACGACUUCGACGUGCGCAACUUAGAGAUUCAAGGCGUAGUAAAGUACUCGAUUCAAAGCCUACGUGACAUCGAGAAGGGCAAUCCACUACUGUGUAUCCUUUUAUGGUCACUACUCAUCAUCGGCGCGUUCUCAGUGGACCCGGAAGACCGCCUGGUAAUAAAGGAGUAUCUCAAAAGUACUUCAGAAACCAUUCACUCAUACGGAGCGCUCAAGAUCGACAACCUGCUAGAGCUCAUUUGGGACCGCGACGAUAUUAACCUACUGUUUGUUCGUGAAAAUAUCAGUCAGGUGAUUAUCUAG